ACCAAUUCCCAAGCACUCUUGUUGGAGUAGUGACCAUCUUCAGAAUUCAUCCAAAUAGUAUAAUCAUCAGUAUCAUCUUGCCCCAAUUCAAUGGAGCUAAUAUGUAAUGCUAUCUGGCCAGAGACAGUGUUGUAUAACUUUUGGAUGUUCCAGGUGUGUUCGAGUAGAAGAUGGUGCAGAGUGUGGCCUUAAUAGAUCCGCCCCUGCCAACAAGUUAAAAUCAGUUCUGCAAAUAAAAAAGUUGAAGGGGAACCCAGCCCCCUAUUGCUUGAGAGAGUAAAGUCUUAAAGUCAACACAGUUUCUGUUUCAACCGUAGAGUCACGUGGGUAUCCUGUUGGGUUUAGAUGACAGGCCGGAAGCAUAAGGCAAAGUUAUCACUUCCAACGGUUGACGAAAACCCUCUUGGAAAAGAACAACGCGCCAUUUUUGAAAAUGAACUUAAUCAAAUGAAUGUGUCAACAGAAGAUUUAAUUAAAAUGCUGGAAUUUAAUUGCGAAACUAAGCUAGUGGAAGGAUGUAAUCAGCGUAGGGCUCUGAUAAAGUACUGUACGUAUGGAAUGGCAUACGGAGCAAUCAAAAGCAAGUGCCCUAAGUGCGGAUCCAUGAUUAUUUUUGACGGAGUUAACUUUUCUUGUCAUCGGAAUGCAUAUAUGAAGUCUACAUGCGAAUAUGCAAGAUAUAAGGUCAAGCAUAAACGAACUCCUUGGAAAAUUCCAAAGACUGUGGACAAUGAACAAUUGAAACGGUGGAAGAAAGAUUCUGAGAACAUCGAACAAGGAUACGUAUUAAAGGGUGAGAAGGCUAAAAACAGGGACAAGACACUGAAGGAAAUACAAGAGCACAAGAAAAUAAUGACUAACAAUACCACCGGAAAGUGUAUCUUGGUGGAAAAAGACAUUGUCUACAGCUAUUUCUUGGUCCCAACGGAUGAUUUUGAAAAGUUUCAAUAUAUCUUCGGCCAAGUUCAAUAUAUUCCAGUUUUAAGUGAGCAAUUGCACAACUUUGUGUUUUUUUCAAGGGAAAAGGUUUGCAAAGUUCCCCAGGAUAUGACUGAUGAAGCUAGUGGUCCUAUAAAAGAUCGUGAUUACGCAAUAAGGUGCUUUUGCAAAAAGUUUCUAGAUUCAACCGGGAACACAUGGGAGGAAUGGCUUGAGGGGAGUUUUGUUAGAAUGCCUAAGAAAUUCUUCCCAUUGAAGAUAGAUUAUUUCACCAAACUCGAUUUCGCAGAGAUUGAGGAUAUUGAAGACUUCCAAGAACAAAUGGUGGUUAACUUGGAUGAUUUAAAGACCUACAGGAUAAGAGGGGAAUUGAUUUCAAGGGAGUUAAUCGAGACAGCCAAGGAUAUCACUCAAAAGAAAAUAGAGAAUGCUCAUGAAGCACUUACAGAGCUUAAUAAAUUAACGACGGAACGUUCUUCUCUUCGUCGGUUGUAUGAAGCAAAUUUGCUAGACGGUGUUAAAGAUGUAAGUAUAUAUUUUUUUGCCUGCCCCGCAACACACUAGGUGAUUUGAAAUCAU